GCUGAGAACCUGCUCCUGGAUGCCGACAUGAACAUCAAGAUUGCAGAUUUUGGGUUCAGCAACGAGUUCACCUUUGGGAACAAACUGGACACCUUCUGUGGGUCCCCCCCCUACGCUGCCCCCGAGCUCUUCCAGGGCAAGAAGUAUGAUGGGCCUGAGGUGGAUGUGUGGAGUCUGGGGGUCAUUCUGUACACCCUGGUCAGCGGGUCCCUGCCCUUCGAUGGGCAGAACCUCAAGGAGCUGCGGGAGCGGGUCCUGCGGGGCAAGUACCGGAUCCCCUUCUACAUGUCCACGGACUGUGAGAACCUGCUCAAGAAGUUCCUCAUCCUCAACCCCACCAAAAGGGGCACCCUGGAGCAAAUCAUGAAGGACCGUUGGAUGAACGUGGGUCACGAGGAUGAUGAGCUGAAGCCCUACAUGGAGCCUGUCCCUGACUACAAGGACCCUCGGAGGACAGAGCUGAUGGUGUCCAUGGGGUACACGCGGGAGGAGAUCCAGGAGUCGCUGGUGGGGCAGAAGUACAACGAGGUGAUGGCCACUUACCUGCUGCUGGAAAACAAGACCUCAGAG